CCCAUUAGUAUUAUCAUGCGCCUCAUCCUCCUCCCCGUCCAGUACUCCACCGGAACGGAGCUCAUGGGCCUCAAAGCCACCGUCUUCCUCUCCGUCCCCGCCGCCGUCACGCUCCACCGCCACCACCUCCUCUGCCCCUCCUCCUACUCAUCGAGGAGCAGCAGGAUCUCAGCAGCGGUGAUGGCCACGGCGGUGCAGCCGGCGGUGGUGGUGGGCGGCGGCAGGGUCGGCCAGGCGCUGCUCUCCAUGGGCCCCUCCUCCGGCGGGGACCUCCUUCUCCGCCGCGGCGAGGCGCUUCCGCCCUCCGCGCCGGCCGGUCCCAUCCUCGUCUGCACCCGCAACGACGACCUCGACGGGGUGCUCGAGGCCACACCCAAGUUCCGGUGGCAAGACCUCGUCUUCUUCCAGAACGGGAUGCUGGACCCGUGGCUGGAGAGCAAGGGCCUGGCCGGCGCCAACCAGGUGCUCGCCUACUUCGCCGUCUCCAAGCUCGGGGAGCCCCCCGUCGACGGCAUCACCGACGCCAACCCCGAGGGCCUCACCGCCGCAUUCGGCAACUGGGCGCCCGCCGUCGCCGCCCGGCUGCACAACGGAGGCCUCACCUGCAAGGUGCUUCACAAGGGAGCCUUCGAGAAGCAAAUGCUGGAGAAGCUCAUCUGGAUUUCAGCCUUCAUGCUCGUCGGAGCUCGGCAUCCAGGGGCCACUGUCGGCGCGGUCGAGGAAGAAUACCGAUCCGAGGUAUCCAGCCUCAUAGCGGAGUUAGCAUCUGCUGCGGCUGCAGAGCGGGGCCUAUCUUUCGACGAGGGCAUGGAAGAGCGGCUCUGCGCCUACUCUAGAGCCGUGGCGCACUUCCCGACCGCUGUCAAAGAGGCAGUUCAAGUGGAGGAAUGGCUGGUUCUACUCCCUCACUGAAAAGGCCCUCGCCCAAGACAAGCCAGAUCCUUGCCCACUCCACACGGCUUGGCUCAAGGAGAUUAAGGUCAUAUAGAGAACCUUUUUUGUGUGCACACAAACACGAUGCGAUGGAGAAAACAACUAAUAGUAUUUUUGCAUGGAGACAGACUAUUUUGUGAUUUACAUCCUCCAGUAACCGUAAACUGGAGUGCCUGAGUCCUGUAUGUUUAUGACAUGUGUGUUGGCACUAUUCAACUGUAGCAGCUGUUAGCGUUAAGCAGGUUCCGGAUA